AUCUCUGCUUUAUCAGACAUUCACCAACAUGGCGGGGUUAGAUAUUGUACUGUUGUAAUAUAAAGUAUCUUUUAUGAUCAUAAUUUCAGUCACAUGCGAUGAUUCCAUCAAUGUGUUGUUCCAGUGAUUUUGUUCUUUCGUCUAUUUUAACGGAGUGACAUUAGAAAUGAGUUUGUUCGAUCAAGAACCGCUAACCACCAUCUGAGCGAACUACGAACCAUACAUAUGUAGAUGAUAAUCUUUCAACGUCGUUAGCACUGUGCGGCCCAUUCCCAGCGGAGGAUAUAUUCGUUGACCUUCUACUCAUCUAUUAGAAGGAAGUCAUGUCGUGGCAGGGGCAUAUAACUCCAGACAAAGUCGUCUGCUUGUCUGCAACGCUACAGAACGACUGACAACUCCAGAGGUUUCUGGGAUUCAAAACUGAAUGUCAACAAAAAGGGCAGUCAAGUGUUUUCAUGGGAUGACGAGUUCUGGAAGCAGUCUUCUCGGCGAGGUCCGCAGAGCGUAGCCUCCUCCUUUGAAGAAGUCGAAUCACUAUGUUUGUCAAAAAGCUCAUCCGACUCGAUGGGAAGCUCACAGAGACCUUGGGAUCGCCUCGGCCACGGGCAGGAUCCCGGGAUGUGGGGAUCGAAGAGGAGGUUUAUGUCCAGGCAGAGCUCAACAACAAGCACCUCCACAAGCAGGUCUAGCGGGCUGGUGGGUGAUCACGUGAUCAGCGAGGCGCACGGGGAACAGGUCCACCAAAACGCUUCCAUUAAAGACACGCUCCUGGAGAGUAUGGAGCUGCUAGGAGCACAUGGCAAUUUAGAUCUAGCUGAGAAAAUUUACUUAGAGAAGAUAUUCCACAGAGUUCUGGACUGGAACAAUGGGAUGCCCGUAUCAUCCAGUAACUCUUCCAAAGCCAUGGACAAACAUUUCUGGAACUCUAUUCAAAACCAGGCAGCCAACAAUAUUCGAGAUCGCCAACUAGAAACUGAUUCUCCGAGGUUGCAGGCGUCACUCAAAGAGCGACUUGAAAGGUUAAACCAAAGUGAACAGUCUCCAACAAAGUCUAAGAUGGUACUACAACUUCCUAACCCUGCUGAGACAAAAAGGCGGAGAGACCUAAUAGUCCCUGAUGAAGAAGAUCUUAGCAGUAGUUCCUACAAGCAGCUCAAGGCCAGCGCCAAGCCAGAGACGACUACAAACCCACCCUUAUCCUCAAAAGAGGCCAACUUGUCCUCAAAAGACUUCAGCGGCGGAGAUACUGCAAGCAGAUACUCAUAUUUAUCUUCACUGUCAUCUAUCAGCAUGGAUAAUAGUUCACAGAGGGGCUCUCAAAUUGGGAGUAAUGCCUCACAACGAAUGCAAAGCCCUAGCUUAGCAACUUUUUUACCUCCCACCUUCAGACUUAGCGGUAGCUUCGAGAGCACAGCCUCUCCACCAGAUACUUAUAUGUUCAAUCAGCCUUACACACCCAGUCAUGCUGAAAGGGUUCUCAUGGGUCUAGGCUUUGGGGCCACGGAGGGCUUUCUUCCAGAACGAUUUCUCCGUGACUGGUAUUCAAAGAUAGCCAAAGCUCAGAUGGAGGCCCAGAUUGCGGCUCAAGCUGAAGUAAAGACUCCAGACAUUUCUGAAAGCAGUCCAACAUUUCCUCCAAACACUCCCGUCACAGUCGAACAUGAAAUGCAAAAGGCAGAACGAAGAGACAGUCAUGUCAGCACUGCAUCGUCUAUGCUGGAUGAGGCAGCAAAUUUCUUUCCUUCCAAUAUGAGCCAGGACUCCAAGAUUCAGCGACUGAAAGAAUACAUCGCAGCUUACUCAAAUCACGCCAAUUCGCCCACUGAAGGGAGAGAUUUUAAAAUAAGACAUUUCGCCACAACAAGGCAAAAGUCUUUGCCCUUGUUCCUAGAGACUCUGUCAGAGGAAGAAGAAGGUCGGUCGAGGAUAUCAGGCGUUGACCCUUUCGAUAAGGAAGCGAGAUUACAAAUGUUCAUAUCCGAUGCCAUGUCAAGUAGUGGGAAAAGCACGGGUUCAAAUUCGGAGAAUUCUUACAUUAGCAGCAAUCAGUCGGAGAGUGACUCGGUAAGCAGCUGCUCUGACAAUCGCUCAAGCCUUCAGCGUAAAAACCAGCACAUCAAAGCUUAUAAAAAGCAUUUAGACGAAGAACAUAAGAUGGAAAAUGAACGUAAAGAGAAAGAAUUGAAAGCCAGGAAGCUAACGGAAGACGAUGACAAUGAGCACGAAGAGAGGCACAGACACAGACGUCCCAAAGGAUCACCAGUGAGACAAUCUACGGUGAGACGAAACGAGAACUUCGGGAAAGCCCCAAAUACACCAGGCAGUGAUUGCCCCGUUACACCUGGCCAUCAGCUGCAGCUGCAGGAUGCGGAAAUGUCAAAAACAACAACGGAGAGUCAACCAACCGAUAAUAAAUUUAACACCGGCGCAAAGCAAGAUUCUAUGCAUUCUAAAGACAGCAUCGAAGUUGAGGAGAUCAUUCAGUUUCAGUUAUGCAAAACUAAAUUUGGUAGGACAAAAGAGGACAAGACAGAAUCGAUUAGUACGAAUCAAGCUGUGGAACCAGCUAUGGUAUCGAUAGUACUUGAAGAUGUGGAUAGGGAUACAAACCAUUGCGAUAACACUCUUCCCAUCUCUUAUCUUGGACUGCCAGCCUCUAGGUGCUCUUCUUCAUCGCUCUCACCCAUCCCACAAAGUCCUGUGACAGUGAUUGAGGUAGGCCUUGAUAACCAGCAAGACAGCCUGGACACCGAAGGCACUGGUUCUUCAAAAGAGACGGAUGACGACAACUGUCUUUUACAAACAUCUUCCAGUGAUGAUACAGGCGCAAGGAAACAUGGCCGCUGCAAGAGCAGGUCUUCCAAGUCAUUGAAUACUCCAGGACACGAUGAUUUCCCAAGGCGUAGAAACAGCACAGCAUCACCGUUGCCUUCAUUUCAAAGCAGGUUAAGCCCUUCAGGAGAUUAUGGUGAAAUGAAACCUCGCAGAAGGCUUUCUCUUGAAGUGCCUGUCAUGCCCGAAAUUCGUUUCAUGCUGGAAAGACAAAGAGCUUAUAGCAUUGGUCAAUUGAAUGAUGACCCGCAGUUGUCCCAAGUCAGAGAAACAGUAGGGAAAAGAGCUACAGCUACUGAAAACGAACGCCUUGACAACAACAAUGCCUCAGAAGUGAAGAACUUCAACCCACAGGAGCAUCGAUCAAGUUCGCAAAUGGAGAAAUCGGACUCCAAGCAUUUUAUUGAUAAAGAUGAGAUGGAAGUUGUGCUAGAUAAAAGAGGUGAUACGAAACCUAAUGACGGAUUAAGAAGAAAGUCAACACCUCAACUUGGACAAUGUCAGUGCUGUAGUGGAAACCAAAUGCCAACUAUGACAGCUUUGAAAAAAGAAUCUUCGUUAAACAAAAGUAACGAAUCCAGCCCAGGCUCAGCCCGCUCAGCAUUUCGAAUAGCAACAAAAAGCAAGAGAGAAACUUAUUCAGGACACGAGCAAAGUUCCAACAUUAAGGAUUUAGAAGAAAUGAAUACUUCCCAGCACGUCUUUAAGCCACAGUUAAUCACUGACAGGCAUCAUUCAGAUAUGGACUGUGGGUCGAUUCACAGGCAAAGAAUAAGAACAAGUGACCAUUCAACGCCACCCUUAAAUUUUUCAGACUCACGCCCAGUGGUCAAAGACUUUGGAACGUCUUCAGGAUCAAGAAACAAAAUACACUGCAUCAGUCGCGCUGUUCAGGUCAACGAAGCGUCGCUCCUGGCGAGGCCCAUUCCUCACAGCUAUCUUCUCCAAGAUUCUUGCUUUUACUACGCCUGUGAUAGAUGGACCCAGUGUUCCAAUUUAGACCACGGCUGGUCACUGCAGUCUGGGUUCCACAAGUCCACUCAGACGGCUGUCCCAACGUUUGAAAUGUCGUGCCAGACCAGCGAAUUCCAUGACGGCUCUCACGCCAACAGGUCGGGCGAUUCUUUAGAGAUUUCCCUUCGCUCUUUCAGAAACUUUGAAACUAAAGCCGUCAACACUGUGGUGUCGUUGAUUGGCCGAGAGCAUGAAUACGACCACUCCUUGUCACCACCGAGAUUGAGCACGAGUUAUUUCCCCUGCAGAUUUGAGUCGACGCUUGAUUUCCGAUUCGUAGACGAAACAUUGGAACAAAUAGAAAGGGAGCUUAGUCAUAUAGAGAAGAAAGAAUGCGUGAAUUAUUUGAACCUUGUUACAAAUGUGAAUGCUGAGCACGACAAGGACAGAAAAGAAAGGCGGGAAAUAUUAAGAGAUUUAAAAUUGACGACCAGUGAUUUAUCGAGCAUUGACAAAUGUUAUAAAAAACCCAAACGUUCCAAAAGUGUAACUGAAGAAAUAACUCCCUCAUCCUCGACUGACGAGACUGACCAUGAACAUAUUAAAGAAUUACAAACGUCAUUCAAAGAUGGCGAUAUCCAUAGAAAGGGCUUGGAAGAUAGCCAACACAUAUCUGAGAAAAAAAUAAAUAAGUUGUUUCCCCUUGGUUUAAACAAUACAAUACAAACCACAAGUUCAUUAAGUAAUUCUCUCCCACACGGUGUCACUAUUUCACAACCUGACGUAGGAGAAAAUAAAAACAACAAAAAUAUUUCUGAUAGCUCCACAGUAUUGACACCGGAAACAAAACGCCCUCCAUUAGACACGGGUCAUUUCAUCUCAAAAUGCUUAAACGUUGGAUCAGAUCACCGAGACCACCCCAUAGGUCAUUCUGAUGGUGGCUUCCAAAAUUCUAAUAUUUAUAGGACGGAUUUACAACAAAACAAAGCGGAAAUCGAGCAGUUUAGCUCUGGAAUAAAACGCAGUGCUUCUGUUAAUAAAUGUCAAGAAAAAGUAACGCAAUGGAGACGUUUCUCCCUCCCCACCAUUGGGCUUCACAAAACAACCAUUCGCACGCAUUCAAAGCUUUCCAGGUUAAAAUACCUGUCGAGUUCCCAGAACUCUUGUAACAGUUUAGACUUGGAGUUAGAUUUUAUGAAUGCAAGUGACACAUUGACAAAAUUCAGUUCAGAAAACAAUGAUCAGUGUAUAUCUUGCCCUAAAAAUAAACACGACAGAUCAAUGAUUUCUAUAAAUGACAACAAAAAACAUUUUUCUGAACCAAAUGUUCAAUUCGUCGCAGAGGCCGAUUUCAAAGAUUACAGCGCAUGUCAUUCUGUUAAGCCUUGCAAUGAAACAGUUAUCACCUCUCCGUACCGCAAAAAGCCCUUGUCACCUAAGGUGAGCGCACUGCGAGGUUCUCAAUCCCUCAGUCAGCCAGCGGAUACUGCUAGUGGUAACAGCACACCAGAAAUAUGCAUUUCGCCCCUUAAGUCUUUCCAAAUGGACUUUUUGCAAAUUCCGGGUUCCCCCAAAGACUAUUUAACGAAAGCCGUCUACCCUGUGGCAUCUUCAUCAUCAGGAAGUUGUAGUCCUUAUAACCUUCCUGGACUUAAAGGAGAUAUAACCGACGAAAUGAGGCCGCUUGAAAAUAGCUGCGUUCAAGACAGCGCCACGGCAUCAAAUGACAAUCAGUUGUCCAUGCUAGAGGGUAAAGAUGAUGCCGAGGGCGUUUCUCUUAACAAAAAGCAGGAGUACUUUCACAGUGUUACAUACAUGAAAGCUUCCUUAUCCGAUUCUGACCUACCCGCUUCCACUGUGGACUCAACUGUUGACCUCAGUUUGAGGAGCUCUAUUGAACAAUCUGCCGAUGAGUUCAGCGACUCUUCCAUGUUGCCGAGACUUUCCGUAGAUUCUACUUUAGAAGAGUUGAAACGUGAGAAACAAUCUGAAGAGAUUUCUAUCGAUGUGGAUACAAUGGAUUUUUCCGAUUUUAAAAAGACUUGGAACAAUAAAGGUGUUAACAGCGGAGGUGCAGUCAACAGCAAAGGUGUGAUUACACCUGACUUUCACACAGCCAUGUUAAAUAUUCAGAAAGACUCCCACACUUCUGUACAAAGCAAUCAUAUCGAAACGAUCGUUCAAGACAGCUUUGACAUGGAGGAUGUUAGUAACAGAUCUGUAGCUGGCUCCGAUAUCCUGCAGCUGGAAGAGCUAGACAUAGAUUUGAGUCAGAUUAAUUUUUCAAAGACACGAUCAAGCAGCGCGAGCAGCUACAGCGAGCCCAUGCUCGAGAAUCUUGGAAGCCUGAGCCAAGACUCAUUAUCCAGUGAGGAGGGUAAAUUUUUAAUGAACUAUUUACGAAUCGGAGACAACCUAGAUGAUCUGCUUCAAGUCUCCGACUACGGUGGCACUAGUCCCAGCCCAACCAAGAUGAGGUGCUUAUCAGAAGUCAACUCAACUUUGUCUGGCAAUACAGAGCGAGAGGAAGCACAGUGUGAGUCUCCGAAAAGAAAAUUGGCUACACUUCUCCACGUUGCAUCAAGCGGUGCCUUGGCUGAAUUGUCUAACUAUGACAACGGAACAGAAAAAGAUACCAGUAAACGGGUCAACAAAAAAACCGGUAUGACAUCAGACACUUUCGGAUUAAAGUCUAAGAAAACCAGGGUCAAGGCUACAAAAUCAUGUGAGACCGGGCUGGAGAGUUAUAAGAACAAGAAAAAUUAUGAGAAGAAGAUAGAUGAGAUUGUUGACGAUAGCUCGGGCGAUGAGUGCGACAAGGAAAUUCUAAGAAUCAAUUUGAAUAGACCGGUCAGAAAACGUUUAAUGAAAACGAACAGCGAUCCAGUGGACAAAGAUAUUUUCUGCAGGUCAAAGAAAGUUCCAACACAGAAUUCUCAAUUGUCUGAUGAUAAGGUGGAAGUCGAAAAAAGGGUCGAUUCGGUUGAAAAUAAAUCUACUCCAGACCAACCAAACUCUACUGAAAUGAUGGCGAUCUUCCAGAAUGUGAACCUUUCGUAUUUACAAAAUCGUUCAAAUGUAUCUCCGUUAAAAGUUAACGAGGGUGAUGAGUUGGCAGAGUAUUCACUGAAACCUUUUUCAGUCUUGGAUCAGACUUCUACAGCUUGCGUUCUGAGCGUUGAGUUUACAAAAGAGGAUUCUCUGGACAUUUCUGACGCCAAUGACGAUCCCAUUGAGAACCUCGCCAGUGAGCUGGAGAUGAUGUUACUUUUGGAGAAUUUGGACAGCUACGCUGAACACCUUAGCUCGCUCAACGAGGGACCCAUCUUGAGCCCCGCUCGACAUUUUCCCCUGCCACAGAUUUCAGAAGAGGGAACGGUGAGUGAAGACGCCAGUGAAGGAGGAGGCUUAAAUCAUAAGAUGUUGUCGUUUAGUGAUAAAGCUUCUCAAGACUCUGAUUUAGGCUUAGCAGGCAAUGCUCAUACUGAAGAAGCGAUUCCCGUUGUCAAAGAUGGGAACUCUGUAGAAGAUAAUUCUGUACAAGUGUCUGAAGAACAACCAGCAUCACCUAAAAUAAUUAGACUACCAACAGACAACAACUUGCUCUUUCUCCUAGAGUCUUAUGAUGCAGACAGCGUUUUUGAAGAGGCUGUGUCAGUAAACUCUCCACUAACUCUAAAUAGUGUAUACAGCAGACGGCUGGACAAUCAGGAUAUGUUAAAUGUCAAUAUAAGAGCGGUUUCGCCAUCGUCCAAGGUCUUUGACUUCGCCCAAUCACUUGUUGGUAGUAAUAUUCCAAUCAUAUCACCGGAAACCAGUACAGAACAGUCGAUUGACAGUUUAGAGUUGACAAGCUCAGAAAACGGGGAUAAUGAGGCCAUAGUCACUUCAGAUAGUGAAGGGCUGGCCAACACCCUCAGCUUCGACAGUCACAUCUUUCAUUUCCCACCCAACAACCAGGUGCUUGAAACACACACAGUUGAAAAAAAGAUUGACCUGCUGGGUACCGUAGUGACUAAAUUUGCCUCCACGCACACUGUCAGGUUCAAUCACAUCAACGCCCCACCUUCAAAUACAGACCACGAGAAACACCUUUCCACUGCAUCUUUGAUGAUUGGAGAUUACAGACAAGCCAAGAAAGAGAAAGAAAACAAUGACUCCUGUAUUGUACAAUGCUCAGAUAAUAAUAGGAGCUGUUCUGGUUUUGAAAAAGACGUUAAAAACAGGAAAACAGAACUCCAGUUCGAUAACUCCAAUGUCAAUAUGAACACUGUGAGUGAAUCUAAAAAAGAACAGCUCAAAGAGAAAGUUCGUGCAUUUUUGCUUAUAGACCAACCUUGCAAGCAAGAGUCUCCAAGGGAAUUAGAAUAUGAAAAAUCCGAUAAAGAUUUACAAGUUAUUGAACAUGGAUCACAAAAUGACAAAAUUGCUAAGACUUGCACCGACUAUUAUUCGGAUUUGGAGGAUACCACUCUAAUUCAUGUGGACGAAGCAAUUGACAUUAAAUCUCGGGUCAAGGCCAUGUUUAUGAUUGAAGAUAGAAACGCUCCAGGGAAUAUUGCUUCUGAAGGGCAACGAGUAAAGGUCACCACCAUGUUCUCGCAAAACAGCAAAGAGGCAAGGUCAUCGUUUUCCAGCACGUCCAUAUCUGACCUCGAUGACACAGCAGGAACGGAGAUUGAGGCGCCGAAACAAAACUGCGUCAGGACUCAACACAAAUCUGAUGCUGCCUCUGUCGCGCCUGGGGCUGAAAUCAGGAAGAAGCCAAGGAAGCUUCGAACUCGCGAUUCUUUACUGAAACUUCACGAGCAGACAAACAUUUCUUCUUCGAUGGGAAGUGACAACGAAUCGGAUCUUGUGUCCGCUCUUCGGAACCAGGGUGACUAUGACGUCAGAGAAAGAGAUUUGGCGUUGGGGCUACUGACUGCUGACGUAAUUGAUGAAGAAGAUACGACCAGCGAAGUUCAUAGUUGCGAUUCCUAUUCAAAAAACGACGACAAUACUAAAUCCAUUAGAGUGCAAAAUGGUAAAGAUUGUAUUAGAAAUUCAGAAACGGUGACACAAAACAGUGACUCGGAAUCAGACGUUGUAACGAAAGAUAUUAACGCCCCCAAAGUAAUAAUUCAGCAGCCAAGUGAGGACAACUCUCAAGAAAGUUUGAGACGACUUAACCUUCCUUUGCUUAACUUAGCAGCCGUUUCUGGAAAUUCAGGCUUGGAGUCCGGCUUUGGCAACAUGAGUCCCCCCACUGAGUCAAGCGACACCAAGUAUCCGUUUUCAGCAAAACACGGCUCUUCAAGCUGGCUGAGACGCUCUCCUCGGAUGCAUUUUCUAAGUCCCAAUGCGGCGCUCACCCAGAAAAAGUACUAUGAUUGUCUGCAGCUAAGAGACUAUUCGGCUAGUUCGGCCGCCGACGAAUCUCAUCCUGAGCUUGAGUACCUUGACAUACUUCCAAAGUUUUCCCAAUACCAAUCCAACAAAAGAGCAGAUGGCGGUUCUGAUUAUUUAAGUCCGCAAAAGAAAAGUGUCAGGGACAAACUUCCAACGUUCUUACUGCAAGAGCCAGAUGAUUUCAAUGAAAGUGAAUCACGGUGCUCUUCCUACAGAUUGUCUAUUCGCUCCCCGGAGCCUCGACCUGGCGUUCAUUUUGAUGAUCUGGAUGACCUUAUUGUAGUUUGCGACUCAAACUCGACAUCUACUCCCCCUUCGAAUAGUUCAGAUACGCAAAACAACGUUGUACAAUUAGAAACACUCGAGGAAUCACAUGACGAAUAUAGCGGUCAGCAAUGGUCAAUAAAUGUGGAUGACUUUGAGCAAACUUAUGAACCGCAUAUGCAGUUCUGCAAAGACAAAGACUCUGAGUUGCAUAUUACUGACGAUGAAGCAGAAAUAAGAUCUAUUGUGGGCGAUUCUGAAAAUCAAGACCAAAAUGAAUUGUUUGGCUCUAAUAAUGAUUUUGAAAUCAAUAAAGACAACCUCGUGUAUGACACAAAAGGGGAGUACCUCAGCGAGGAACCAAAUAGGGAUCUUUUCUCACAGCUACACGUGCAAAUCAAUGACAUUCACGUGAAUACGGACAGAAAAUACAAUGACAUGUAUUCUGACAUCGCUUAUGGCAUCUCAGAACGUUCAGAUCACAGCUGGGCGAACCGCUUAUCCCAGAUGUCAGAAGCAGAAUCGCAGCCGUUUUUCCGGAGCUCUUCAGACUCCGAGAUCGGUGUUUCACAAGAGCCACAACUUUUUGUAGAAGACGCCAACGUGAUCAGCGAUGCUCAGGCGGGAAGUGAGUGCUACACCGAAUCUCUCAUUCCGUGGAGCAACGUUAUUGAUAACAUCGCCACGCCUGGGGACAUUUUGGAAGACCCACAGUCUCAGUACAAAAAGCUGCUCUCGGUGACGAGCCACGACUCAGGGUUCGACUCCCAGGGUUCCCCCAUUGAGCUUACAACCCUAAGAACGUCCGACUGGGGCUCCACGUUGUUUCGGGUUGUUCAAGAAGAGACAGUUGACCCAGACAUUGACGAAAUCGAGGCUAACAAUUUAUUUUAAACCGGCUGAGCGCCACGUGUGCAAUCCCUUUAGAAAACUGUAUGAAACACUUUUUAACAAUGAACAAAUGUGUAUGGACAUCUCAGAACCCUAAACUCAAGAGUGUCAGCAGCCUGCUAUGUUUAAAAUUGUCAAAACAAAAUUAUGAACUAAUUAUUUCCCCAGGGUAUCUAAUCAUCAUUCCAUCCAUUUCAGCUGGCAACAUCACUGUAUUUGGCCUACACAUCUACUUGCUUUUGUGAAUAAGCAAAUGCUCAUUAGUGUCAGAAAUAUGUUUGAUAGUUUAAAAAUAAAACAUGUCAUUCCAAGUGCCAUUUGACCUACAUAAUACGUUCCGUUUCAAAAAAAAAAUAUCUCGAUAUAAAAUCAUUGGAUGAUAUUGUAUAUUUUGUAAAUUUGAUACAGAAGAAUCUUUAUUGUGUUAAUGUUCCAAAAACUUGGAUCCAACGUUUUCAUAAUGUUAUUGUUCAUCUCCAAGCCUCAUAGUAUUAUAAUUCAUGUUUUCUUUGUUAUUUUGAACAGAAAAAAAAUGUGAUUUGAUGUACUAAUCAAAACCGAUUAUGGCAAAAGGUGUUUAUACCUUAACAUAAUCAGUUCAUAUCAUUCAUCUUUGUCGUUAUAAUUAUUACAAAGAAUAUCAUGGUUAAUUUAUUUUGUUUGCACAUAUCCUGUAUGAUGAGAUGAUUUGAUUUAAUCAAAAUUUUAUAUAGAUUGAAAGACCCAUAUUUGCAAUGGACCUCAUUCACCGACUGUAAAUAAACACACUUAGCCACGUCAUGAUAUUGAUAAAACAAUGAAAAAUACGUAUCACGUGACAGACUUUAUGGAUUACAUAAUUUAUUUAGAAGAUAUAUAGAAUCACGUGGCUAAAUGUUUGUUUACGAUUGGUGAAUGAGGUCCAAUCAUUUCAGUUUGUCUCUAGAACCAAUAACAUAUUGUAUUUUCAAUAUAAGCUUUUAGAUUUUAAAUAUUGUAUGGCAAAGGCUUGAAUUGAAGUAGCCUAAGGGGGGAAUAACCCAUAACUAAAUAAGUACAAGUUAUGUAUUUUUUUUAUUAAUAAAUAUUUAUUUAAGCUUUAAUAUAGAAUUAAUUAUCCAAAGUUAAGGGCAUUGUACAUUUAAUAUAGACCCAGGCAAGAAUUAACAAAUCAGCGCUAAUACCUGGGUCGGCCUUAGGCAUAUGCAAACUAGGCUGCGCCUAGGGCCUCCAAUUAUCUAAGCCGCCCUGCUAAUACAGUAUAGAGGCAAUGUUACAAUAUAAGUCUCUUAGUUUUAAUAAAGCAUUGGUGGGAGGGGGGAGUUCUUGAAAUAACGUUUUUAAUUGUAUGUCCUACAUUCCAAGUAAAACCUAACUGCAACCCCCUGAAAUUAAGUUAAAAAUUAUUUUUUUUACAUUUUCUUUUUGUUAUAUUACCUUAAAACUUUUUAAGGAACAUAACUGAUGUAGAGGGUCUUCUCCUUUCAACUUUGCGUCUUUCAAUAUGAAAUCUAAUGUGGUAAACUAUAACAUUUGUUAUAGAUGUAGGACUUGUAUGCUGUACUAUUAUUUAUUUUAGAUAAUAAAAUGGCGUGUCAUGGUAUGAAGAAAAAAACGUUGGCCAAACAAGAAUGUAAACUAUUGGCCUACAGUUUAUAAUAAUCUGCUAUCACUGCCAGCUCAACACUUCAUUAUCUACAGCAGUGUUUCCCAAACUAUGUUCCGCGAAACCCUAGUGUUCCAUGAGGUCUGAAUAGGCGUUUCCACGAACUACUGGAAUAAUUAACUAGUAGGUCACCACGUGAAUUAAUCUCUAUAAAAAAAUACGCAAGGUGUUCCGCCAAACACUCAGAAUGUGUGAAGUGUUCCGUUAAGGAAAAUGACGGGGAACCACUAUUCUACUCAAAGCAAAGUGUAUAGAGCGAGCCUUUCAUAUAAAAACAAAGUUUUACUUCAUAAUGGUGCAGAUUAUCGUCUCAUUCAGCAUAGUGCCCAAUUCUUCAACCUGUUUACCAACUCGUACGUCACGUCCUGAGCAGCGCCUGACCUAUACACAUAGAUUUGGUUUCUAUAUCAUCUUCUUCAUAUUUGGCGAUUUUCGCGAUAAACAAAGAUAGGCUUAAUGUCAAGGACGCGAAACUGAACUUCAGUGUUGCCAACUACAUUAAAAUUAAGAGCUUAGAAAAUUUGAUUAUGCGGUGCUAUAGAGUGCACACACAAAAAUAUAUACUCUUAAAAACCUAAGUUAUCAGCACUUUCUUCAUUCUGUAAACCGGAUACACCAAAAGGCUAGAUAUUUAUAGAUUUCUUCCGCCAUGGAUGAGAAUCUGAUAUAAUCAUUGUCUUCUGUGUCUACCGAGUGCAGAAUGUCACGUGACUUUGCAGACCGAAUUAAAACAUACAAGCGACCCGCGUAGCAAUCGCCGCUAUUUAGUGACGGGUGAACACUUCCAGACACAGUUGUCCAAAUGGAAUGGGUUUGGCCAAACGACUGUGUGCAUGCCUGGAGAGGAAAGCGUGGGGGCGGGAGGAGGGAGUCGGCGUGCGUGCGUGGUGUCCCGCAUGGGUUGGGCGACGUAGAGAAUUGUAUAUACAGAGGAGACUAUUUGCUCUCCCCCCCCCCCCUUUUUUUUUAUCUGAGCCGCGCUCUCUGUCGCCGUGAAAGUUACGUGUGUUAACUCGACGAUCUAGUCCGACUUGCAGAAAUAAAAGAGUUAUUUUUCCACGACUUUUUCAUCGAGGGUUAGAGAGUCGGCGUGCGUGCGUGUCCCGCAUGGUUGGGCAACGUAGAGAAUUAUAUAUAUAUAUAGAUUUUUCUGUUCUUACCAAAUACAUCUUAAUCUAUAAUUCGUGUAGCAAAAUUUUCUUGUUAAACUUUGGUCCAUCCCAGUUGACUAGGCCUACAAGGCUACACCUAGGGACUCUUCUAUUUUCCAAUACAUUCAAUUAUGUGAAAUAAUUGAAAACGCUAAACACUCUCAGCUUCAAAAUAGGCGAGAAUGAAACAAUUUCAUUUUCAUACAUGGAAGUAAACAAAGAUAUAGCAAAGCGUUUUAGUGUACAGAAUGAAGGAAGUGGUGCUAAGUGUUUAUAAGCUAUAUAUUUUUUUGAAAGUUAAAUGAUCAUUUAUUGAUUUAUUUUUUUGCACUUUUUAGAAUGACAUAAUUAAAUUUUCUAAGUUCUUCCGUUUAGUUGGCAACAUUGAAUUCCAGUUUAGCGUCCUUAAUACUGUUAGGUUUAUCGUGUAAAUCUCCAAUAAAAAGACAAAUCAUACAGUAAAAAAUACUAUUUAUUUAUUCCAAUACGGUGAACCAAUCCGUAAACGAUGAUUAUAAGUAUAUAUAGAGAGAGAUUGUGAAACAUUUUAUAGACUAGUAUUAAUGAAUUCAUAUGUUAUACAACUUAUAAUCUUGCGUGCUAUAAUAAAUAAGUUAACUCUUUCUCUCGUAACUGACGAUACCAACGUUGAUUCCACCAGAAUGUAGUAAAUAAUUACGGAGAGAAAGAGUUAACGAUACUUGCAGACGACCUUUGUGUCCUGGGAUGGAUGUAUACCAUGAAAUGUAACUUGCAAAGCUUUAAUAUUGUUAUACCUAGUCUUAUACAUUCCUCUGGCCAAAAUUAUUAUUUUUAUUAUUCGUCACUACAUUUAAU